AUGAGUAUAGAUUCAUUAUCGCCAGCCAAGAGGGUAAAUCUAGAUAGAGCAUCCAACUUCAUGAGGCAAUUCCGAGAUCCUGACUCCAGAGAGCUGAAGAAGCUAUCAGCGAAUCAGUUCAUGGAAGUGUGGAGCCAUUACGACAGGGACGGUAAUGGCUACAUUGAAGGCACAGAGCUGGACGGGUUCCUGCGAGAGUUUGUCUCCAGCGCCAACUUCACUGACGUCAGUCCUGAGUCUGUGUCAGAUUCGAUGAUGGAGGAGCUGAAAGCAUGUUUCAUGGAAGCCUACGACGAUAAUCAGGACGGGAAAAUAGACAUAAGAGAGCUGGCUCAGCUGCUACCGAUGGAGGAGAAUUUCCUGCUGCUGUUCCGAUUCGACAAUCCUCUGGAGUCCAGCGUGGAAUUCAUGAAAAUCUGGCGUGAAUACGACACAGAUGGAAGCGGGUACAUCGAGGCUGACGAAUUGAAGAACUUCCUCCGCGACCUGCUCAAGGAAGCUAAGAAGAUCAACGACGUGUCCGAAGACAAACUCAUCGAGUACACCGAUACGAUGCUACAAGUGUUUGAUUCAAAUAAAGACGGCAGAUUACAGCUCUCAGAGAUGGCCAAACUCCUGCCCGUCAAAGAAAACUUCCUCUGCAGACAAGUGUUCAAGGGUGCAACGAAGUUAACGAAGGAUGACAUCGAGAGGGUCUUCUCGCUUUAUGAUAGGGACAACAACGGAUCUAUCGAGAAUGAAGAGUUACGAGGAUUCCUAAAAGAUUUAUUAGAAUUAGUUAAAAAGGACUACGAUGCCCAAGACCUUCUAGAAUUCGAAGAGACGAUUCUCCAAGGCGUAGAGUACAGCAGUGACGGCAAAAUUAGCCGUAAACAACUUACCAUGAUCCUACUGGCUUUAGCCAAGCAUCACCAAGAGGAGGAACCGUCGACUCCUUAGUGCACUAGACUUGCUGCACUAUCCGUCCCGAUUUUAUUAAUGAAUUUCAUCACCAUCAUUCAUUUUGAUCCCAUCAAAGGUCCAAAACAGAUGUCAAAAAUCAUAUAAUAUGUCAUUGAUUUUUUAAAAUAGCGGCCUACCUGACGCGGAAAUCUGAAUCGUAUAUCGGUCAAACGUGAUUAUUUUAACCAAUGGAAAGCUAACAAUAAAAUUUAUCUCAUUUUGAAUAUAGCUGCGUAAUAAAUAAAAAAAUAACAGUUUUGUAUUGGACUAUUUUUGUUAAAGCAGCGAUAUGAAAAGAACAUUCCAUUUUGUUGCAAAUAC